CAGGUGAGAGAGAAGGAGGUGUGAAUUAAAAGCCACAUCUUCAAUCCUAGUCUCUGCAGCUUUCUUGGAGGCUUGCCGGAGGGAGAUGGGGAACUUCUGUGACUUUUCAUUACUUAUGAUGUCUUGGGGUUGUGGUUCAGCGCACCCUGCCACCCCCCCCCCACACACACACACACCUGGCGGCCCCUGGUCACUGCAACACUUGUGGUUCCCUGUUUUUCUGGUGGCCUGUAAUAAUGAUGCAAAAAGUUAAGGAGAAAGACCUUACAGGACCAAAAGGUCUGAGCCCCCAGUUUGCUUUCUCCAGGACCCUCGGGAUUGGACUGCAGAUCUGAGACUUUGGCGUCCAGCCUCACAGGCUGCGGAGGGGACAUGAACGAAAAGUAUCAUUGUUGAACUACAUUUCCCUUAAGGCCACGGGGUUGGCUGCGAUAAUUGCUAUCAAAAAAGCAACCCGGGGCCUUCUGGGAGUCGUGGUCCUAGAGCUAGACUCCGCCGCCCUUCCGCGUCUUCGUGGUCCGACGCCAGGUUUCCAAGGGCCCGGAAGCCUGGGUCCUGGGGCCAAGGGAGGGGAGGAAGCUGAAGCCCAGAAGCCGGUCCUCGCCUCCGCGAGCAGGAGCAGGCAGAGGGCGCUUCUUUAGAGGCUGGGAAAGUCUUACUGUGAACGGGCGGCCGUCUCUGUGACGUCAUGAAGAGAUGGGCGGGCCUCCCUUUGUUGCGGCCCAAUCGGGUUCAGAGUUGGGCUUCUGGGCGGGGCGAAGAAAAGCCCCAGGGAAAAACUGGGGAAUUUUGGCGACCCCACGUGGGAAGCUCCAACCGGGAGGCUGCGGGAGCUCCUUGUCGAGAGGGGCUACCCGUGACUCAGACCCCAAGAGAAAAGCCUUCGGCAUCGCGCAACCAACCUCACCCUCGCCUCCACCAGCAUCCUUAAUUUUAGUCCUAGAAAAUUAAGUAUAGAAGGACUUGGUCCCGGCUUCCUAAGAGCUCCCAGAAUCUGCAGUCGGCUCCUCAGCAAACCCUAGUGUUUGGGGGCACCACGGUCAGGGAUCCAACCAAGAUCGGGAAGCUACUGUUUGGAGUGUAUCGGAGUUCGUCCUUUCCUCUUAAAGAGAAGGGUACCCACUGCAAAUUGGGGUGCGUUAGUCUCGGGGAAGGGUGGACAAGCCCCCACCCCCCUCCGGGUUUGGAGGACCGCUUGGAGUCUAGCUUAGGUUUGUAGGUUUAUGGAUUUGGGAUGCAUUUUGGUUUGAAAGGAGUUUUGAAUUUGAUAUCUGGCUGGUUCUGUAUGAGUAGUCUAUUUGGUUUGGGCAUUGAGUUUUCAGCUCAAGGCGCAUGCAACAGGUUUUUGGGGUUUGAGAACUCUCAGUGUUGAUCCUCUUCAGGUUUAGGAGUUUGGGCUCACAUGGAUCUUGGGAAGCCUGCAUGGGAUGGGGGUUCCGGGUUCUGGUGAAUGCCUCCUGUUUACCAGUUUGCUGGUCUUGUAGUUGGAAUUCAAGGAGGAUCCUAAAUUUGGGUCCCCUGGAUUGGGGACUAAGUCAUGCUCCCCACUUUGAAGGAACUUGGUGAAGGAUAUUACUCUUCUUUAUUUAGGGAUUUCACGAUUUGGGGACCCUGUGGAUACGGGGCCCAGUGGGGUUCCCUAAAAUGGGCUGUGGCUUCUCUCCGUUUAGUGUUCCUCUCUUCUCGAUUUGGGGUGAGAGGACCCUCCUGGAGGUCUUAGUGGACUAACGCUCUGGCCGCAAUGGGGCCGCUGCUUCACCUACUGGUGGCAGCACUGGCCGGUUGCCUGCUUCCUGCUCGGGGCUGUGUCAUAUGUGACCAGUCGGUCUUGGCAGCGCUUAAGUCCUUGGAGACGGAGUACUUACCUAGUCACCUGUCGGCCGAUGCUCGCCAAAAUGUGAUGAAGAGGGUCGAGGAUGCCCUGAGGGAUUUCAAGGAACUGCCACUUGACGAAGAUUCCUACAUGGGGGCUGUCGAUGAGCCCACCCUGCAAAAGGUAGCCUGGAGUUUCCUGAAGGAUCUGAAACGCAUCACUGACAGUGGGGUUAAAGAUGAACUCUUCGUGAAGGAGAUAUUCUGGAUGUUGCACCUGCAAAAGGAGGUCUUUGCCCGCCACGCUGCUCAAUUCGUAAAAGAGGCUUUUUGUCCCAACAAAUGCGGUAUGAUGCUGCAGACUCUGAUAUGGUGCGAGGGCUGCGACAAGCAGGUUCACCCUUGUCGGAAGUCCAAGGACUGCGGGGAACGCACAGUCAAGGUCUAUAAAAUGGAGGACAUGAUCCUGGACUGUGAGCUCAACUGGCACCACCUCUCUGAAGGCCUCACCGAAUACAGAUUUUUCAGGGUUUGGGAGAACUCGUCUGAGACCCUGUUGUACAAGGGGAAAGAGCCCACCUUGACCAAGACCAUGGUGGGGCCGGAGGAUGCAGGCAAGUACCGCUGUGAGCUGGGCACCGUGAUUUCCAACCCAGCCACGAUCAUCAGCUAUCAGGUCACAGUUUUGUCCAAAAAUGGGGAGGAGGAGAAGCCGCCCGCGACCACGACGUCGAGUGAGGACGACCUGAGUGGCGACAUCCUGGGCGAGAAUGUCCUGCCGGUUCCCCCGAAAUCCACAACCCCACAGGAGCCGCUGACUCACCCCGCGAAGCCCGAGAAGGUGCUGCAGGGCCGUCUCCUGGGGAUGGCAAUCGGGAGCUUCGCGGUGGUCAUCGCGGGCAUUGCAGGCGGGAUAUUUUACCUUCAAUAUCGCAAGGCGAGGUCUUCCUAAAAGCUCUCCCCAGUUAGCUUUGGCAAGGGGGCUGUUCGGCAACCCCAGGUGCCAAAGGAAAAGGCCACAGACUCAAGGAACCAAUAAAGAUUUAUAUUGUUGUCCAAGUAUCUGACUCACUCCUCCGGUAUGCUCCUAACUUUUGGUUACCCAAGAGGAGAGGUCUGGGAUGGGUUCCUGAAGGAAGG